UGGACCAUACUUUUAGGGAGGGGGAGUUGUGAGAGGGCAGAAGGAACGCCCUAAUGAGCCGAGCUGAGCUCUGAGAGACAGCCUCCCCAAUCUGGUAUCCCCCUGGCCAGCCCGGGCAAUGCUACAUCCAGAGGCGGAAAUGUCAGCUCGCUCAGUGGUUACACUGUAACAAUUCAGUAAUACUCCAGCCCAGUGGGUGUAAUUACACAUCGCUCUCUCUCUCCCUCCCUGAAUAAAUCCUUCAGCAGACUCCCAGCAACACCAUAGUGCCUUCCCUCUGGGUGCUGUGCUUUUUCAGGCUGACUGUGGAUGCUGCUAUGAGUAAGAGAGAUGGAGCAAGAAGAGUUAAAUCUCAUCAAUGAUUAUCGGUACAGAAGCUACUCUGCCACAAUUGAUAAAGCUUUGAAGAACUUUGAGUCCUCCAGUGAGUGGGCAGACCUUAUCUCGUCAUUGGGAAAGCUGAACAAGGCACUCCAGAGCAAUUUGAAGUAUUCCCUCCUGCCAAAAAGGCUGAUCAUUGGCAAAAGGCUAGCUCAAUGCUUACAUCCAGCACUUCCCAUUGGUGUCCACCUGAAAGCGCUAGAAACCUAUGAAGUUAUAUUUAAAAUAAUUGGAACCAAAUGGCUGGCAAAGGACUUAUUCUUUUACAGCUCGGGCCUGUUUCCCUUGCUAGGCAAUGCAGCUAUGUCUGUGAAACCAGUGUUACUUGGGCUGUAUGAGAAAUACUACCUCCCAUUACACAAGUCCUUGAAUCCCAGCCUGCAAGCAUUCAUCACAGGGCUGCUACCAGGGCUGGAGGAGGGAUCAGAGAUUUAUGAGAGAACGGACAUCUUGCUUCAGAAGUUAAUGCUGGUGGUCGGCCAGGAGGUUUUCUAUGGAGCCCUGUGGGGCAGUGUCAUAAUCAGCCCUUCUAUACGUCUCCCGGCCUCGCUGUUUGUUGUCAAUCAUAUUAAUCGAUCUUUGAGCAGGAGAGAGCAGAAGUACAUGUUUGGCAAAGACCCUCACCUUGCGGUAAAAGCAUUGUGUGCCUCAGUGCAAGAUUCUAAUGUCCUUGUACAGCGCAACACUUUAGAAAUUCUCUUCUACUUUUUCCCUUUCUGCUCGUGCAUGGAUCCCAAUACUUCUGUCAUCCCAAUGGCGAGGAGAGACAUGGUGUGUGUUCUGUCUGCUGCACUCCACACUGUACUGAGAAGAGACAUGUCCUUGAACAGGCGUCUCUAUGCGUGGCUCUUGGGGACCGAUAUCAAAGGAGGCCACAUGACUGCAGAUACAGACCCCUCCACUUCCCCUGAAGAUUGUGCCAAGGCUUAUUUUGAGAAACAUUCCAAGGACCUGCUAGUUCGAGCAUUGAUAAGAACAUUGCAUCAAGUGAACCCUGAGCCAGAUCAGGAACAUGGACCGCAAGCACAUCAGAAGCCCUUUCGUAUUUUGAUAAGUCUGCUUGAUAAACCCGAAUUAGGCCCUCAAGUCAUUGGUGAUUUGUUGCUUGAAGUUGUUCGAGCUUUCUACUCCAUUUGCAAAGAGAUGCUUGAUUCUGAUCUCCAGUCAAGCCAGAAUGAAAGUCUACUUAUCAGCAAAAUGAAAGAAAAUAAAAAUGCUUCAGAAGUAAUAAAGACGGCGAAUGUACUGAUCAGCUCACUGAGCACGGACUAUCUGUGGGAUUAUUUAACAAGGCUUUUUGAAGACUGCAUCAGGAACAGAUCUCGACCAGUAAAUCAUAUGGUGGAUGACUGUCCAAGUUCUCCUCCAAAUGUUCAAGAGCUCUGCUGUCUGGUAGUGUUCCUCUUGGAAGUCAUUCCACUGGAGUUGUAUUCUGAAAUUCAGACGCAGUAUCUUCCACAAAUGCUGUGCCACAUUGUUCAAUGUUUGAUGGAACACAUGGAAAAUUUGAGUCUUCAGGAGCUCACCAAGACCCUGAAGAUGUGCUACAAGAUACUCAGCAGAAUUCAGUUGCCUGCAGCACUCAUGGAUGUUGAGGCGCAGAGUGAACAAGAAGCUGAGCUGGAUCAUGGGAGACCAGCUGAGAGUCCCAUACGGGGGGAAAUAACUGAAACAGUGUCUGAUGCAGAGCAUAGCCCAGAAGAGGGAGCAGAUACAGUCUUCCCUUCAUUGCGAUCUGAGGACAGUGGAAUUGGACUGAGUGCAGUGUUGUCCCAGGACAAUAACCGCCGAAUAUAUCCUGACCAUGGCAGUGUGUGGAAGAGCAAUGGAUGCAUUCAAGGGUCCGUGCAGAAUAUGCAGCAGCUCCUGGCACACUUCACGUUAAAAUAUAUCUUCGGGACCAAUUGUCAGAUGCAGGGUGUGGUGGGGGAGGAUGAGAAAAUGGACACCAAAGGAGGAAAGAAGACCUGGGACAAAAAGCAGAUUACCGUGCCUCAGUUCAAGCAAAUGCUGUCUGAUUUCUUCACUGUCCGCGUGUCGACAUUAAAACCCAAGAAGCGGCAGCGAGGUUUCGUGCAGUUUGACGGUGAGAAGGGUGUGAAGGGCGAAGAGAAUUGGGACGUGGACCACAUGUUGCAGGAGGUGGAUGAGGUGACCGAGGACUGCAGGCUGACAUUUGCUGCCUGUUGCCAGCUUCUGCUGGAAAGUAGCAGCUUCCCCGUGUACCUGUCUUUCAAAGAGAUUGAAAGCUUUUACUUGUCUGCAUUCCAGGAAGUUGGUGAUGGGAAUGGCUGUCUUCCUCUCUGGUUGAAGUCACUGAUGACUCUGUCUUGCUGUAUCAGUGAUUGCCAUAUGCAAAAUGUAGCAAUUUCAACAUUGCUGGAAAUGAUCGAUCAUUCUCACUCAUUGGCGCUUGUCAUUGAAGACAAAGUCAAGCGUUACAAAAGUUCUGAAUACACAAUGUUCCUGGGAAAGUUGCAGAUGAUGACAAUACCACCCAUCACACCAGCAACAUUGAAGCUUAUGGCUGAGAAGACAAAUUUCUAUCAGAGGGUUGCACAUGUUCUCUGGAAUCAGCUCAACAAGGAGAGCAGGGAGCAUCACAUUACUUCUGUUGAACUCUUCUAUAAAUUGCACUGCCUUGCUCCAACUGCUAAUAUUUGUGAGGAUAUUAUCUGUCAGGCAUUGCUUCACAAAAAUAAAGGAAUCCAGUUGGAAGCACUCUUCAGGUUCUCCGUACUGUGGCAUUUUACACGAGACAUUCAAGGCAAUAGAACGUCCUUCUGCAGUCGUUCGUUUGAUAGGAGCCUCUUUGUGGUGUUGGACAGCCUGAACUGUUCAGAUGGAGCGAUUGGGGCAGCAGCACAGGGUUGGCUGAUCCGUGCCCUCUCCCUUAAUGAUGUUGCUCGGAUUCUGGAACCUGUCUUCCUGUUGCUUCUUCACCCCAAGACCCAACGCACCUCCAUUCUGUGCCUGAAAAAGAAAGUCAUAGGAGAAGACGUCCAGUAUUUGUACAGCAGGGUGUCUACCUGUCCCAAAGCAUUUAGUACGCCACUGGAAAUGGUUGAAACAAGUUCUGAGGAAAGCUGCAUAUUUGCUCACGUUUCAUCAGUGGACAGGGACGCUCUUUGGGCUGAAGUGGAGGGAGAGCCUGAAAGGUCAGCCCUUCAUCGAGAGGGUAUGAGGAAAAAUACCAACCACUCAUUUAGUGAACAGUCUCAGAAUAUUCCUCUGGAAGACAGCAAGGAUAGCAGUGAGCACACAGAAUCCAUCGAUACCAGCUCAGGCGCUAUCUCUUCAGGAAUCACCUCCUCGGUUUCGCCACCAUCCCCAGAGCAUCAGGAUAGCAUGAGCAACACUGAAGAAGAUGGGCUUGGGUUACAAGAGAGAGCUGGCAUGGAUGGAAUGGUUAAUAACGGCCCUCAACCCAAAACCCAGUUGAUGCUGGUUCACACUGACUCUGAGAAAACGCAGAUGUCACAAUCACUAUCCAGUGACGAAGAGGAUAUAGAUUUGGAACUGCAGUUAAUUACCCGAGAAAAGCUUCUAAAACGGCAACAAGAGAGACAUGCCUUAGUAGAAGCUUUGUUUAAGCACGUUUUGUUAUACGUACAGCCUUAUGAUUCAAAACGGGUAUUGUAUGCUUUUUCUGUCCUAGAAGCUGUGUUGAAAACUACUCCCAAAGAAUUUAUUGAGGCACUGUCUGCCUCAUGUAUGGACACCAACUCCAGCAGCCAGCUCAAUCUGAUACAUAACCUCCUAGUGCGCCAUCAGGAGUCUCUCAUGGGGAUGGGUUUUUAUGGGAAGCUUUCAACUCGGGCAUUGCCCACGUGCUAUCACCAUUCCUCCUUCAUCGAAUUGCUCAUUUGCCUGUGUCUGAAUUUCCUGAGGUCCUAUUACCCGCGCCAGACAAGGGUGAAUCACAAGGAUUUACUGGGAAACCGGGACGUUCAAGUGAAUAGUGUCCAAGUGCUGAUUCGGAUUGUCACACAGCUGGUUGCCAUUGUCAAGUGGGCUGACUCCAAGAACAUUGACCUUAUCAGCAGCUUGUUGACGAAGUGGAAGGUUCAGGAGAUAGUGCUGCUUUCCCUCUCUGCCUCUAUGUACAUCAGUGAGAAGAGCUACAGGCUCAGCUUUGCAGAAUCCAGUGAUGAAUUCAAUGAAGAUGGCCUCUCUGAGGAAAGUCUCAUUAACUUUGGUCAGGACCAGAUUUGGAGUGAGCACCCACUGCAGAUUGAGCUCCUGAAGUUGCUGCAGGUCCUGAUUGUGCUGGAGCACCAUCUUGGUCAGACAGCUGAUGAACAUGAGAGCUCUUCUGACCUUUCCAAGGAGUGGCAUAAGAUCAUAAGCUUCCAACAGUCCAUCACUGCUAUGGGUUAUGUCGAAUCUCAGGCAAUCACUGCUCAAGGCAUGUUUGUGUCAGCAGUUGUCAGAGCUUUAGAGCCACAGUAUGGUUACAGCAUUCACCCACCAUGGGUGAGCCUGGUUACUGCCUCCCUACCUUACCUUGGAAAAUCCUUAGGACUGGUUGUUGCACCGUUUGUUGCACGGAUCUGUCGAAACCUGGAUGAUCUUGUUCUCCAGGAGGAAUGUGAGAGUGAAAAGAACAUACAAAGCACAACAUCCAAAAAGGAGAAUAUCCCUCCAGAUUAUCCACUCACCCUUUUGGAAGGCCUCACAACCAUUUCUCACUAUUGCCUUCUGGAUAGUUCCACACAGGCAAAAAAGUCUCCAACCACAGGUGACCCCACAAGUAUGAAGAAUGCUAAGAAUGCCAUCCUUGAAGAAUUGCCUUUAAUCAUCAACUCAACAUCACUUCUCUGGGGCAUAGUUCGAAGAGAUGAAUCCCAGAGAAAGCUCGCAAGUUCACUUGAUGCUACCAAGACCUCAUCUUCUGUUUACUUUAAGUCAACCAGAACACUUAGACAGAAAAUUCUGGAGCUCCUGAAUCCAUUUGCUGCUCAGAUGGGUGUCCAUCUGAUGGCAGCUGUGGCAGCAGUGUGGAACAAGAAGAAAAGCAGCAAAAAACUGAGUCAAACCAAGACACAGAUUCUGCCUGUAGCCAGUGAAGCUCAGCUAACAUUAGUUGGGUUGGUCCAAGCACUGGACACUCUCAAUACUGACAGUAUUUUACAACUGAUAAAGGAAGUUGUGAAGAAGCCACCUCAAACCAAAGAAGAAAAACCAACCUUGGUUGAUAUCCCAAUGCUGCAGUUCAGUUUUGCAUUACUUCAGAGGCUUUCCAUGGCCAAUUUACAGGAUACUCUGCCAUCUUUACUUAGCCUGCUAAAGGAAUCCGUUCAGUUGAAUUUAGCUCCACCUGGACAUUUCCUGUUACUUGGAAUAUUAAAUGACUUCAUGUCAAGAUGUCCAAAUUUGGAAAGCAAAAGGGAUCAGAAAGAUCUGCAGGAGGUGUCCCAGAAGAUAAUAGAAGCCGUAGGAAAUGUUGUUGGCUCCUCACUCGAACAGACCAGCUGGCUAAGCAGAAAUUUGGAAGUAAAAGCCGGGCCUCAGGUUUAUUUGGAGGAGACCAAUUCGGAUGUCAUUGAACAUGGUUCGUUCUCCCCACCGUCUGCUGUGGUAUCAACAGCAGUCGCUUCCUUAUACAGCGUGCAGGCUCUAACCUUGUUGGCUGAGGUACUUGCACCUCUUCUCGAUAUGGUUUAUCGUAGCGAUGAAAAGGAGAAAGCAGUGCCUCUCAUCUCUAGGCUGUUGUAUUAUGUGUUCCCAUAUUUGAGAAACCACAGUGAGUACAACAUCCCAAGUUUUCGAGCCAGUGCUCAGUUACUGAGUAGUUUGAGUGGUUAUGCUUACACCAAGAGAGCAUGGAAAAAGGAAGUCUUUGAUCUCUUCAUGGAUCCACUCUUUUUCCAGAUGGACUCGUCUUGUAUUAACCAUUGGAAGUCCAUCAUUGACCAUCUGUUGACUCAUGAGAAAACGAUGUUCAAAGACUUGAUGAGCAUGCAGAGCAGCUCACUAAAACUGUUUGCUAAUUAUGAGCAAAAAGCAAUGUUGGUGAAGCGGCAAGCUUUUGCAAUUUUCAGUGGUGAACUGGACCAGUAUCAUCUGUAUCUCCCACUUAUACAAGAGCGCAUGACAGAAACCCUUCGUGUGGGGAUGUCCUCAGUUGUUACUGCCCAAAUGUUUCUGACCUUCAGGGUGUUGCUGAUGAGAAUUUCUCCCCAGCAUCUCACUUCACUCUGGCCUAUCAUGGUGACUGAGCUGGUUCAGGUGUUCAUGCAGCUGGAAGAGGAUUUAAUCGGAAUUCUAUCAAACAAAGCAGGUCAAAAAUCUCAAGUUAACAAUGGAAACGAAUCCCUGUUGUUAGAAAUGGAACAGAAUGACCUCGACAUGUAUCUAUCCGCUUGUAAAUUUCUGGAUACAGCACUCUGUUUUCCACAAGAAGCAAUGCCUUUAUUUCAAAUGUACAGGUGGGCCUUUGUUCCAGAGGUGAAUGCUGCUGAUUGCAGUCCACAAAUGGAAGUUGUGGAAAUGUUCCAAGCUUAUAAACCAUAUGCAGUACGAAUUCUGGAUAUUCUGCAGCAAACAAAUGGGGAAGUUUACUGCGCAGAAGAAAUCAAUUCCAGUGACGUGUACGAAUUUCCCCUCUUGAUUCAACAAUCUGUGUCCAGCAUCCACACACUUGCGCAUUUCUUCAGAAUACUGAGUUGCAUCUUUAAGACUCAACCAAAUGGAUCCCUUGAAGAACUAAGUACACCAAGUCUUCACAGGUCAGCUUCCAUGAUAGAACCAACCAACAGUAAUGCUGUUUUACAACGAAUAGAAGAAAAUAUUGCGCGUGACUUUUUGGAAGUGGGAAUGGAACAUUGAACUCAAUGGAAUGUAUCUUAAUUAUGACAGUAAAACCUGGGUUACUGAACUAAUUUAUUAUUGAGGAUACAUAAGAGAGGUUUUGUCUUUCUUGUGUCUUAAAGGUUUUGUAAGAGCAGAGAUCCCAACACAUUGAAACAGUGUUGGGACGAGUGAAAUUAAGGAACUCUAUUGAUAGUAUUGUCAUUUUUGAGUGGUUUGCUUGUGGUGAAGGGCAGAAUUACUUUAUACUUGCUAAGAAUCAACUUGUAACGGUUCACCUCUUGGAUCCAAAUCAAACCUUGAAACAUGCUGUGCCUAUUGGAAGAAGCCUCAUCUGUAUACUAUGAAAUACAAUGAGUAAAAUUCAGGGGCAACGUGAGCAUCUCUCAUCCAGAGUGGCAGUGGCCUUGUACUGUCUCUUCUCUGUUAUGAGUUUUUUGUCAGUAAAAUGGGGUACCUAUAAAGUAUUGGUACUGCUUAUUCAAUACUGUUAACUGAUUAAUUAUUUUGGUUAUCAACUUCACUGUGUAUGUGUUUGUAUAUAAACUGUAUAAAUAUCUAUUUUCAAAUGGUGCACUCUCUUUCUAUCUAAAUUACUCUAAAACUACUUUUUUUUUACAUUACUAAAUGGGCACAACAGACAAAUAACCAUGUGUGAGUUAACCUAAUGAGAAUGUAAACUUUAAAGUAAAAGGGAAUGCUCAUAUUGCUUUAACUGGAUUGGUCUUUGUGUUUACAGCCUUAUUUUCAAUCUGCAAACUUAAUACUGUGAAUGUACAUGCCAAGAAUGACCCGGUCACUAAAUAAAAUGCAGAAUCCUGA